UUCUAAAUUAUGCAGUCGCCCAAACUAAUCAUCUCUCAACUUAACCCUGGCGCAUGACCUAAAAACUGUAUUAGACAAAUCGCCCCCCAACUGUUCGACACAAUGUCUCGGCCAGAAAAAACCCCCAAACUCAACGAAACAACAGAGUCGAUUGAGCAAAGAAACUGGUUGGAUCUUCCUGAUGAUGUUACAUCAAACAUACUCAAAAGGGUAGGCGUCGUUGAGAUUCUUGAGAGUGCCCAGAAGGUCUGCACUGCGUGGCGUAGAAUUUGCAAAGACCCUGCUAUGUGGAGAGUCAUUGACAUGGAAAAUCUUGGAGAUUCGGCUACUACGCAUCCCCAACUUGAGAAGUUGUGUAUGCAGGCUAUUCAUCGGAGCCGAGGCCAGCUUGUCGAUAUUAAUGUCGAAUAUUUUCCUACUAAUCAGUUGAUUGAAUUUCUUGCUCAUGGUGAAAGAUCAAGUCAGCUCAGGCGUCUUCAAGUUUCACAUUGCUAUGGUUCAUUAAACAAAUCAUGGAGCGACUUCUUAAAAAAGGCUCCCUUAUUGGAGGAACUUGCACUUACCUUCACUACUAUUUCGGAAGAGGCUGUUGCAGAUGCUAGUCGAUACUGUCCCAUGCUCAAGUCAUUCAUAUAUAACAAUUAUGGUUGGAAGUAUAGCAAUUCUGCAGAUGAUUUUGUUAUAGCUUUUGCAAAAGGCAUGCCUCAAUUACUCCACCUACAACUCACUGGCAGUACAAUGACAAAUAAGGGUUUACAGGCUGUUCUGGAGGGAUGUCCUAACCUCGAGUCCCUUGAUCUACGUGGAUGCUUCAGCAUAAAUCUUGGUGAGAGUUGUGGAAAGCUAUGUAAGGAACGAAUCAAGAACUUGAGGCUCCCCGGUGACUCUAUGGAAGGCCAUAAAGUUGCACCCUACACUAGUGAUAGUGAAGAUGAAGAUGAAUAUGUUUGGGAUGAUUAUGAUGGGAUUUCUGAUGGCGAAGUGGAUUUUAGUGGCGUGGUGGCGGAAUAUUACUCUCUCCUUUAGAAAAAUGCUUAAAUCGUGUUAUUUGCAACUGUAUGUGCAGAUAACUAGCCCUUUAACUUUGCUUAGAUUCUCCUUUUAAAACCCAUGGUUAUUGACACUGUUUUCUUGUGUGAAAUAUGAAUCCCUUUUAUUUUAA